AGGUAGUGUAACAAUGAUUGGCGAUUAUAAGUAGCCUACCUAGUUGCGUUGAGAUGGUUACGUCUAAUCAUUAUGUAGGCAAGGUGCUUCUACAGGCCCUUCGAUAGUUGAUAUCUCAUGCCAAAUCUCGUCUGUCUGUGCUAAUACAAGUAUGGCAUGCACACUGUUCCACUCAGUGCAACUACUUCGCCCAACCUCUCGCCUCUCCCGAUAUCGGAAACUCUCUAUGUCCAUGAGCUAUCAAAAGAUCGAAUCGUUUCCUACGACUCUGCGUUCCAAAAUGGAGACGAGCACAAAUGGGAAACAGGUGUUCUUCUUUGACAUCGACAACUGCCUUUAUCCUAAGAGCGCAAAGGUACAUGAUCUCAUGGCAGAGCUGAUUGACAACUACUUCGCUACACACCUGAACCUCUCGUGGGAUGAUGCUGUGAGGCUUCACAGGGAGUACUAUCAGAACUACGGUUUGGCUAUCGAGGGCUUGGUUAGGCAUCACCAGAUCGACCCAAUAGAGUAUAACUCCAAGGUUGACGAUGCCCUGCCCUUGGAAGGAGUUAUCAAGCCCAGUCAGCAGCUCAAAGCUCUUCUGGCGGACAUCGACAGGAGCAAAGUCAAGCUGUGGCUGUUGACCAAUGCUUACAUCAACCACGCAAAGCGGGUGAUACGUCUUCUGGAAAUUGAAGACAUCUUCGAGGGAAUCACGUACUGUGACUAUGGUUCUAGCCCCCUUGUGUGCAAGCCACACCCGGACAUGUACACCAAGGCAAUGAAGGAGGCCGGCGCUGGGAAGGUUGAAGAUUGUUUCUUUGUCGACGAUUCGUACAUCAACUGCCAGAAAGCCCAGGAGAUAGGCUGGAGAGUCGCUCAUCUAGUCGAAGAAGGAUACCCCCUUCCGAAUACUCCGGCAUGCAACUGCCAGAUCCGACACUUAGAAGAGUUACGAACCACAUUCCCCCAAUUUUUCAAGUCCACACAGACAGGGACGCAAGGCCUGGAGUUAUGAGGCCGCGAGGCCAAACUGGGGCGAUGCUGGAGCUGAUGAAAGAGGACAGUCCAAUGCGCUAGACCACCAUGAGUAGAUGCGAUAGAAACUGGCUAUGGAGUUUGGAUUAAUAUCAGACCUCUACCCAGGGUUCCCCCUCCAGACCCUUUUUCCUGCCGGUUCCCCCAUUUCGAGUGGUAUCAUAAAAAUCAUUUGCCAACCCCCCAAACGCCGUUCAAAACAUCCCCGCGUCAUCACGUCGUUAUUCAACAAGGCGUCCCUUUUCCAUUGCCGUCGCAUGUGCUAGGCAUGUGUCUGUCAGGGCCGGCGAAUGCUGCGAAGUACCUGGUCCAACCUGGCAAGAACCUCGUCCUUCUCCUUGACGGCGUCUAAUCUUUGCGCCUCAGCCACCCUGAGUUCCUCCUCCAAGUCCUUGAUGGACUGCUC